AUGGACGAGUACGAAGAGGCCGUCUUGUUCACGUAUGCACUGCUAGAGUCGAGGAUAGACCGCUUGGAGUACGUUUUGGGUGGUCCCCACGAACAGGCCCAAGACAGGCAUAGGACGAUUCCCGAUCGUAUACACAGGAUCGAGCAGUCGCUGCAGCAGCUAGCGGGCAAGACUUCGCUGUUGGAUGAAACCAACAACCUGCUCAGCAAGCACAAAGACGUUCUCAAGCCGCAAGACGACGAGGAUGAAAAGGACGGCCCCCCUCUAGACGCAUCGCAAAAAGCAGCACUAGUAGUAGAGUGCGCAACGACUUUCGCAACCACAGCGUCACAGCUCAAGGCGCUCGAAGAUCAGCAGAUACCCACUACGGACGGCUUCAGCAAGCUCGCCAUACUACGACCCCGCAUUGCCGAAGCAGAACAUCGUCAGUUGGAACAGGCGCUGAAGAUCUCGGAACUGAGAAGAAGGAACGGAUUGGUGAAUCAGCGAUACAAGCAGGUCAUGUUCCUCGGCGCAGGAAGAUGCUGGGUCGACUACGACGAUAGACUUACCAAGGCGCUGCGGGCACUGGUCAGGGAGGAGUACCGACAGCGGGCUGAUGAAGAAGCAGGGCAGGCAGAAGAGGAAAAAGAAGAAAGCUCCCAAGAUGACGAGUACUAAAACUUGUCGACAUAAUGGUAAUUCCGUAUUGAGCGACAUGGAACAUUACAAAAGGAAUAUUACGGGGUCCUAUGGAAACCGCGAAGUUCGUACCCGAGAGGCAGAUUUGGAGGCGGGUAAACAAUCAGCUACUACAAUUGUCUGAUAGGUAGGUUCGCAUUAUGCAACCAUCACAUGCACACGUCAGGCGUUUUGAAGCGUGUUGACAGAUGCCAGAUACUUUAUGCUAUCCAUGGGUGGCGCCGCUCGUCGGCUCGGCCGUGUGGCAGACGGUGGCUCUUGACAGGUGCAUCAAUUCAAAUCAAAUAGGGCGGCCGCUUAAAUGG